UUUUCGUCUCCCGGUUUUCGCAAUACCUGACGCCUGCGCAAUAACUUAAUUGAGUGUUGUGGCGGCCGGCCGCGGGCCGAGUUAGUCGCAGGGCCGGGCGUUCUGCAGACGUUGCCGUGCCGCGCGCCGCCGGGUCGUUACAGCGAAGCGCAGGCGGCCCCCAGGCCGGGGGCGCGGGUCUACCUUGGUUCGCCCGACCCAAGAUCUGUGAGCAGCCACGAUGUCGAUCUUCACCCCCACCAACCAGAUCCGCCUAACCAAUGUGGCCGUGGUGCGGAUGAAGCGCGCCGGGAAGCGCUUCGAAAUCGCCUGCUACAAAAACAAGGUCGUCGGCUGGCGGAGCGGCGUGGAAAAAGACCUUGAUGAAGUUUUACAGACCCACUCAGUGUUUGUAAAUGUUUCUAAAGGCCAAGUUGCAAAGAAAGAAGAUCUCAUCAGUGCAUUUGGAACAGACGACCAGACUGAAAUCUGUAAGCAGAUUUUGACUAAAGGAGAGGUUCAAGUAUCAGAUAAAGAACGACACACACAGCUGGAGCAGAUGUUUAGGGACAUUGCAACUAUUGUAGCUGACAAAUGUGUAAACCCUGAAACAAAGAGACCAUACACAGUUAUCCUUAUUGAGAGAGCUAUGAAGGACAUCCACUAUUCAGUCAAAACCAACAAGAGUACAAAACAGCAGGCUUUGGAAGUGAUAAAGCAAUUAAAGGAGAAAAUGAAGAUAGAACGUGCUCACAUGAGACUUCGGUUCAUUCUUCCAGUGAAUGAAGGGAAAAAACUGAAAGAAAAGCUCAAGCCAUUGAUCAAGGUUAUAGAAAGUGAAGACUACAGUCAACAGUUAGAAAUUGUGUGUCUCAUUGACCCGGGCUGCUUCAGAGAAAUUGAUGAGCUAAUAAAAAAGGAAACAAAAGGCAAAGGGUCUUUGGAAGUACUCAAUUUGAAAGAUGUGGAAGAAGGAGAUGAGAAAUUUGAAUGAUAUUCAUCAGUCUCUUCAGCUAUAAAACACUAAAGCAUUUUCAUUUCCCAGUUUUGUUUACUCUCUGGUCUGCCAAAUACUUGCUCAAACUUUGAUGUUUUCCAUCUUUGUGUUAAACAUAUGCACAAAAAGACUUUCCUAAAUAAGUGUUAUAAUGUGGGAUUAAUUUAGUUUUAAUUAUAAAGUGGGGUUUUAGGCAAAAAUGAAAAAUCCAAGAUACAAAGUCCAGAGUAGCAUUUUGUUGCUGUCUCAGGCCUUUGUAGCUUUCCACCAUAAAAGUUAUUAGAUGCAACUCUUGUGGAUAAAAACUUAAAUUUUGUACAAUAAGAUAUUCAUGUCUGCAUGACAAUAUGGGAGUAUUUGGUGAAAAAGAAAGCAUAUAACAGCUUAUUUCUACUUAAUGAAAUGUGUGUUUAGGGGUACUUAUCAUGGCCUAACAUAAAGCUUGGAUGAUGACUUCCUGAUUUUCUGAAAAACAGAUGAUGGCUGUGCAGGACUUAAAUAAUAUCCAUUGAACGUGCUGCCAUAACCUAGAUGAUUAUUGGUAAAAAUAGUCACUUACUUCUAAUUCUUAAAGUUUAUAGUAUAUAUUAAUAUAGCUGAAAUUAUAUGUAACCAAUAAAACCACUCUUUAUUUUUAUUAAAGUAUGGCUUGUGUUUCUAGACAGCUUCCUAACUCCCUUUCUUGUCUCUGCCUCUUGUCUGGUAGGGUUGGAGACUUCUUAGCAGGAUUAAAUAAGUCAUUAUGAGGAGAACCUAGAACAGGGCCUGUUCUGAUAAACACCUGAUAAAUCUUCGUGAUUUGGGAUGUAAUCGAACUUAAUUAUUUUAGUAUGUAAAUACUUACUUGGACAACAUGUGAGUUUUUUAAAAUCUUAACCUCAAAAGAGAUAUUCUAGAAUAUAAAUUAGGGUUUCACUCAAAGUAAACAUACAGAUGUAUUUUGUGGACAGAAGUUUUUAAUUGAAAAAAGAGUUCUUAACUUGAACAGGUCCUGACUGGUUUUAAGCACGCAGAAUUCACUGCUAAUACAAGUUCUCAGAAAGCUCCCAUUUUAAAAUAACUUCAAUUAUGAAGUCAAAAUUUUUUCUUGUAGUGUUAGAAGAAAUAUCCUUGUCUGAUAACCUGGGAACACACACUUUGUGUUAACACUGAAAUUGAACUACUGUUUUGAUAUAGUCCUUAAGAUCACUCCCUUAUUGAUUCCGUUUUACUUUAUGCAAGUUUGUUGUUUUAUAAAGAUGAUCCAAACUUGAAGUCUCAGGAAAUAAUUUUAACCAAUGUAGUUUAUUUCCAGCUUAAACUUUAUUUCCAUCUUAAACAGUUAAAACAAUGUUUCAAGUUGAAAGUCCUAAUUACUAAAGAUGUUCAAAAGGUGCAUCUUGAAUAGGAAAAGAUAAACAUUACGACUUUGCUUUACGUUUUCUCAUUCUCAUUAUUCAUCUCUUCUAAAAAGCUGCAACUUCAAGAAAUGUCAAAUGUCAAUCACAUGUGAGUAAACAUCUGAACCUAUAAAAAAUAAAAAAAUUUUACCUUA